AUGUAUGCCCUGCAGCCCAUGAACGAGCAGGAACGACUUGUCGGUGAGGACCCAGAGUUUGCUGACGACACUCAGUCGGAUGGGGACCAUCAGCAGAUACAGGUCUGCCGCGCACUCCGACAUGGCAUGUUGGCUGUCGCUGUCUUCGCAGUCAUCGGCAUUGGAUGUCUUCACCUUUCAGGAAACCAGGCUGCGAGGUCGACCGUCCAUGACACGCAGGUCAAGGCAGGAAUCUAUGGCAACGGUGCCUGGGGAUCGGAGCUUGCAGCCUCGGCGUCAGCCCCGGCGCCAGCCGCGGCGGCUGUGCCGGUUUCAGCCGCGCCGGCGCCGGCGCCGGCCGCGGCCGUGCCAGCUGUGCCGGCCGCGGUGCCGGUCGCCGCCGUCCCUGCUGCCGCAGCCACAGCUGCCGCAGCCACCGGUGCCGCGCCAGAGUCGGAGCCCCAAAUUUCAAUGGGCCGGUCAUGGUCAACCUUGAUAGGGCUGUCCGUCGAAGUUGGCGGCAAGAUUCCGCGUUGCACCGAUUUGCGAGCGCAUUCAAGGCAAGCCGUAAUCAACAAGCAGAUUGACUCGGUGAACCAGCUUACGGGGGGCACCGGGGUCUCGGAAGUGGUCAGUGCUCAAUCCACAAACAACCCGCUCGCACCAAAAGAGAACCUGGCAGAUGGCAACGAGUGCUCCGAUGAUGAAGAAGAGUUCCAGGAGAUGUGCUACAAAAAGUGCUCCAUCUUGACCAACGGCCAGAUGACGAAGCGCGUUAGUGCCUUCGAAUGCUCCAAAACCGAGGGCUUCAUGGGCAUCGUCAAGGGACAGACCGCAGGCUUCCCUAUGCCGUGCCAGGGCUACGAUGUCGCUGGCGAUGAGGCAGGGGGUGGCUGCCCGCACAAGAAGGGCGCAUGCCUGAAGGAUGAGGAGCUGUACCUGGGCAAGUGUUUCAAGAGCUGCGCGAUGCUGACAGCAAACAAGUACACAGUGCGAACGGGCGCUGAAACCUGCUUGGGGCCUCGAAGUGGUAGAUGCGAUGCUUUGAAGUGCUGA